CGGCCCCCCUCCUCACCCUUACAUCUGUCACUGCCCUUUACCCGCUGACGGCAGAGGUCCUCUCUGUCACUCAGGACAAGCUCAGGAGAGGGGAGUGUGUGUGGGACCUGCCACGCUGCUGCUACUGCCCAAUGACUGACUGGGGACAGUUGUUGUUUGGUGCCUGAGGAGCUGGGAGAAGAGAGAGGAGUGAGGCCACAGCGCAGGCUCUUUCCCCCCUCAGCGGGCCACUUCCCAUAGGAGAGAGAGGCCAGGAAAGACAGUGGCGGAGGCUUCCUGCUUGAAGCCGGCCGAAAGCUUUCAGAACAUCUGGAACCAGCGGGAGAAUAACAUGAACUGAAGGGGAAAAAGGGGGCUCGUUUUCAAUUAUUUCAUGAACGCAUUGUGAGAAAGCAGGAGGAGGGGGGUCAAACACGGGAACCCAUUCGCCGCAAGGUCUUCGCUGGUCGGUGAGGAUUGUUCAGGAAUCAUGGGGAGGAAAAAGAUCCAGAUUCAGAGGAUCACAGAUGAACGGAACCGACAGGUGACGUUCACAAAGCGCAAAUUUGGCCUGAUGAAGAAGGCCUACGAGCUGAGCGUCCUGUGCGACUGCGAGAUCGCCCUCAUCAUAUUCAACCACUCGAACAAGCUAUUUCAGUACGCCAGCACCGACAUGGACAAAGUGCUGCUAAAGUACACCGAAUACAACGAGCCCCACGAGAGCCGGACUAAUGCAGACAUCAUAGAGACAUUAAGAAAGAAAGGUUUUAACGGGUGUGACAGCCCCGAGCCCGAUGGGGAUGACUCGAUUGACCAGAGCCCCCUCAUGGAAGACAAGUACCGCAAGGCCAGCGAGGACCUGGACAUUCUGUUCAAACGAUACGGUUCUGCAGUGCCAGCCCCGAAUUUUGCCAUGCCGGUUACUGUACCAGUGACCAACCAGAAUGCACUGCAGUUCAGCAACCCAGGUGGUUCCUUAGUCACACAGUCACUGAUGACCUCCUCAUUGACAGACCCACGGCUCCUGUCUCCACCCCAACCGGCCUUACAGAGGAACACGGUAUCACCUGGUCUACCUCAGAGGCCAGCCAGUGCAGGUGCAAUGUUGGGAGGGGAAUUGAACAACUCAAAUGGAACGUGCCCAAGCCCUGUAGGAAAUGGUUACAUCAGCGCUAGAGCAUCUCCGGGUCUCAUACCAGUAUCCAAUGGGAACAGUCUGGGCAAAGUCAUCCCGGCUAAAUCUCCACCGCCUCCUAACCAAAAUAGCCAGCUCGGAGCCAACAGCCGCAAACCAGACCUGCGUGUUAUCACCUCACAAGGCGGCAAAGGGUUGAUGCAUCAUCUGACUGAGGAGCAGUUGGAGAUGAGCGCCCAGCGGUUAGGAGGCGUCUCACAAGCGGCCCAUUCGCUCACCACCCCGGUCGUUUCAGUUGCGACUCCCAGUUUACUGUCACAUCAUGGACUGCCUUUCUCUGCCAUGCCCACAGCAUACAACACAGACUACCAGCUGACCAGCGCCGACCUGUCGUCCCUCUCUACAUUCAGCUCUCCCAGCAGUUUGUCGCUCGGCAAUGUGACUGCAUGGCAACAGCAGCAACAGCAGCAGCAUCAUCACCAAGCGCAACAACUCAUCCCGGUGUCACUCAGUAACUUAGUGUCGAGUGGUCAGCUCCCACACACUGCCACCCUGACAGUCAACACCAACCCCAACAUCAGCAUCAAGAAGGAACCACCGUCCCCGAACAGAGAGAGGAGUACGGGAACCCCACUGAGCUCCUUCCCCCACCAGAGCCGGCACGAAGUCACCGGGCGCUCUCCUGUCGACAGCCUAAGCAGCAACGCCAGCUCAUUUGAGGGGAACGACCGAGAGGACGUGCGGGGAGACUACACCUCGUCCCUCGGCCUUCUGAGACCCUCGGGCGACACGGAGAGCGAGAGCCAAUCUGUAAAACGCAUGCGACUCGACGCAUGGGUGACAUAACCGUUCUUUGUUGUGACACUUUAUUCUUUCGCUCGCAGCCCACCUAAGGGCCGGGCAGAAGGGUGGAGUGCGACAAGGGAGGGUGGGGAGGGAAAAGGAAUAGCCGCCAGUGGGAUAUAUUGCUGUAGGGUGGGAACCUAUCAUAAACUGCCUGAGAUAUAGCUUUAGUAUUUGGUAGGCAUUCUUCCUAGUCCAGUGCCCCUGGCAAUGUCUGCAAAGGUCACGGCACUCCAUGGCUGCAGUGUAUAACUCUGCUGUGUAUAACCGCACAUCUCCAGCACUCCAAAGAUACCUGCUACCUUGUCGGAGUCUUCUUUAACUGCAGCUGCUAAAUAUGCCCCCCCACACUGACUUUGGUUUGCCCUUUCCGCCCCUCUCACUGCCUUACCUCUUGCCCCCAACACCAACUUUGCCACUGUGCUGGGGCAGCUUGAAAUUCCGCAAGGGGCAGCAGCAGCAGAAGGAAACCUGGAGAGCCCUGUAUUGUUAUACACGGUGGUUCAUUUACUGGCAGGAUUAAUAUAAUGGUUUCAAUCCCCAUUUGGACCUCAUUGCAGCAAGGGGCUGUUAGCGUACAGCGGAUCCACGCCGCCUCAGAGAACUCUGCUUAUUUACAAGCUUCGGAGAGGUGUCACUCCUGUCCGUGAACAUUGUGACGUCGUCCGACAUUGUGACAUCACCCGCUUAGCUUCAUUUUCGCCUAUUUAUCCGCGGUGAAACGCUCACGUAGGAAACGCUGGGUUACGUACGGACAAUGGAUUCAGCCGUAUACAGCUCAGCGCAGCAUUAACCUUUCACCGAGAGAUAUAUUCAGGGUCUAUGCCAGACGGAGCCUGCCUCCUCCUCAUCCUCACAGCGGAGAUAAAGGCAAAGCAACACCGUCCAGACGUUUCCCGUCCCAGAAAGGAAUCCCACGCCAUGAUCUUUCCGGCUUCAAACCCACGGUGCAUAUCAAGUCUGCAUGUUCACCCCCCUCCCUCCCUGCCAGCCAUGGAGUUCUGUAUAAUGCAGACAUUGCCUUUUUUAAGAGAGAAAAAAAAACAAAAAAAAAACAAGAAAUAUAUAUAAUAUAUUCAUAUAUAUAUUUAUUCUUUUAAAUGCGGUAUUUUUAUUUUAAGGAAAGUGCAGGAUAUGAUUUCACUUACUGAGAGAAAAGGAACCUUGCACGGCAUCGGGUAUUUCGGCACUGUCCCUCUCCCACACGUGAAGGGGUCGUAGCAAAUAAGAUCUGUGUAAAUAAACCAAUCGAUUCAACAUACUACAGUUAUAGCCCCGCCCCCCCCCUCCCGACUCCAAUAAGUGUAAAAAAUUAACUCUCAUUUCCCUGCCCUGAUUUUGGUAAGUGAAAUCAUGAAUCAGUCUCCUUCUAUUGUAAGCACAUCCAUACAGGGGGGGUUGGCAUAUCCUCCCUUUCGGUAUGGGGGUUCUUUACAAUAAAGGUUCGUUCAGUUUUAUCUGGGGUGCAUUCCCAUUGGCCGAUACACCUUCCAAGUGCCUUUUCCUGUGUUUUCCUGCUCAUUUAAUGGCAAAAAUUGACAUUAAAGUCAUAUGUAUAAGCCCAGUUAAUAUACAUUUAUAUAUAUAUAUAUAUAUAAUAUACUCCCAUUGCAAGGACAUGCCCGCAGAUUAUAAAAUACAUAUUAAUACCUCACUUAUCAUUAAGACAGCUCAGACCUAUGUAUUUAUAUACCAUACAGAAAGAAUAGGCGUUCCUCAUUAUCUAGAUGUGGUCUUUACCUUCACCGCUUCAGUUCAGAACAAACCUGGCAUACUCCAUAGCAAGUCGUUUAUAUGGGGCAUUUCUCAUAUCUAGGUGUGUUUUGCCUUUUGUUUUAUAUAUAUUGAAUAGAAUGAUGGGCAAGUGGUUUGGGCCUGAGACAAGUAUUUUAUAUAAGAUGGACUGCAAAUGUAGGCAGGGUUGGACUGGCCUGGGGUAUCAGUGGAUCACACGAUGGGCCCAGUUUGGGAAGAUAAGAAUAAUAAAUAUUACACUUGGCACUAUCUCCAUCCGGUUAUUGUGAAAAAAAGACCCUACAUGCCAGGUUUCUUGUUUAGCCUCUAGGAGUUCCCUAUUUAGCCUAUAGGAAUUCCCUGUUUGGCCUCUAGGAGUUCCCUGUUUGGCCUCUAGGAGUUCCCUCUUUGGCCUCUAGGAGUUCCCUCUUUGGCCUCUAGGAGUUCCCUCUUUGGCCUCUAGGAGUUCCCUGUUUGACCUCUAGGAGUUCCCUGUUUGACCUCUAGGAGUUCCCUGUUUGACCUCUAGGAGUUCCCUGUUUGACCUCUAGGAGUUCCCUGUUUGGCCUAUAGGAGUUCCCUGUUUGGCCUCUAGGAGUUCCCUGUUUGGCCUCUAGGAGUUCCCUGUUUGGCCUCUAGGAGUUCCCUCCCUAUUUGGCCUCUAGGAGUUCCCUGUUUGGCCUCUAGGAGUUCCCUCCUUAUUUGGCCUCUAGGAGUUCCCUGUUUGGCCUCUAGGAGUUUCCUCCCUAUUUGGCCUCUAGGAGUUCCCUGUUUGGCCUCUAGGAGUUCCCCCCUAUUUGGCCUCUAUGAGUUCCCUGUUUGGCCUCUAGGAGUUCCCCCCUAUUUGGCCUCUAGGAGUUCCCCCCUAUUUGGCCUCUAGGAGUUCCCUGUUUGGCCUCUAGGAGUUCCCUGUUUGGCCUCUAGGAGUUCCCUGUUUGGCCUCUAGGAGUUCCCUGUUUUAGCCUCUAGGAGUUCCCUGUUUUAGCCUCUAGGAGUUCCCUGUUUAGCCUCUAGGAGUUCCGUUUGUCCUCUAGGAGUUCCAUUUGGCCUCUAGGAGUUCCCUGUUUGGCCUCUAGGAGUUUCCUGUUUGGCCUCUAGGAGUUUCCUGUUUGGCCUCUAGGAGUUCCCUGUUUGGCCUCUAGGAGUUUCCUGUUUGGCCUCUAGGAGUUCCCUGUUUGGCCUCUAGGAGUUCCCUGUUUGGCCUCUAGGAGUUCCCUGUUUGGCCUCUAGGAGUUCCCUGUUUGGCCUCUAGGAGUUCCCUGUUUGGCCUCUAGGAGUUCCCUGUUUGGCCUCUAGGAGUUCCCUGUUUUAGCCUCUAGGAGUUCCCUGUUUGGCCUCUAGGAGGCCAAGUCUGACAUGGUAUCAGUCACACAAAUACAAGUAAAAUGGCGGUGAGUAGGAUGGGCCUGUUAGAAAAGUAGUAUGUGUAGAAGGCGUUCCUCAUGUCUAGAUUUUUUGCCUUCAUUGGUUUAGCCAUACCAUGUGACAUAAACAGAAUAAAAGUGGGUGGAAUUGAAACGAGACGUCUCAGAUCCUCGUAUCUGUCUUAUGGGGGGUUUAAAAUUGUCCAUCCAAUAAUAAUGGAGUUGAUCUGCGGGCCACUAUGACUCCGGCAGCAAAAACCAGGAAAAGGCAAUGGAUCCCAGAUAAAACGAGCCGGCGGGAAUAAAAUUCCCGAUUGAGGCAGACAAUAUGGACGCUAGAGAAUGACGCGGGCCUUGGCAAUGACCGGUUCUUGGAGAACUGUUUUUACUUUUUAUUUUUUUUUUGUCUCACACGUGUAAAUGAUACUCAAUAUUCAUUUUCAAGACAAGGAAAAAAAAAACAAAAACCCGACAAUCUUUAAAAAAAAAAAAA